GUCACCGUCGUUUAAAAGAAUUUAAUUCGCUCGAUUAAAAAUUGAUUCGCCUAUAGGUGUAAAAUUAUCCCUACUUUAUUACACGGGUUUAGUCCUUUUGUUUUAAUGAAAAAAAUCAACAAUAAUGCGAUCGAAACUUAUCAGUAAAAAGUAAACAAAUAAUCCUUAUCUUCGAACACUAAAACACCGUGUUUGUGUAGCAAAUAGUUUAUUAAAAAAAACAAUUUAAUUUUAGAUUAAAAAUUAAUUACAAAGUGAUUGGUUCAGUGAGCGAUUAUUUCAUUCUAAAUGUAGGUUUCCUACAAAAUUGAUGACGGGAAGAUCGAAACCGAAACCAUUUCUGGUACUGCCUCUAUCGCAAAGCGAACUACCGGCGAGGUUCUCCCCGGAAAUAUUCGAAAUGCCGACGAAACGCCCCGGAUUGCGCUUGUUCGCCAAAUCCUCGAAAAAGCCGGUCGAAAACAACCGGCCUUUAACAGCCACACUCGACAAGCCGGUCGUGCUGAACGUCCGAUUAAUCGGAAAAAUAGACAUGAGUAAGAUACGCAAGGAAUUCCUGAAUAUAUCGAAUUUGUGCCGGUUACCUCUCACUAUAUCGAAACUGAAAAACAUCACCUUGAGCAGGCCCCUCAGUCUUCCGCCGGCCGCCAUGGAGAAAAAGAAGAUUCUCGCGAAUGACGAAAGCAAUCAUUGCGCUAGAAAUGUCAAAGUGACGGGCCGGAAUGCUUCGAAGCUGGGAAAGAAUGAAAUAAAAACCCCCAACGGCUGUGAUAAUAACAAUAAUCAAAGCAAACAUAUUAGAACGCCUCACAAACAACCAUCAGGUAUUAUCGGGACGCCUAGCGACGCGAAAUCGCCAUCGACCAAACUACCGCAACCUUGCAAUACCUGCGGAAGGCCCGAUCAACCGGAGAGGCUCCACAGCCAUCCAGCCACGCCGAGCGGUAACGACAAAUCGCCCAAAUUAAAAGUGAAAAGCUCGGUGCAAAAGCCGAUCGCCAUCAAAUACAAAUCGAAAGCGAACAAAUCGGAGAAUAUCGCCGAAGAUAUCGCCAUGUCGAAGUUGGACGAUUGUCGUGCGAAAUACAAACAGAAAGUAAGUAACGUUAAUCGAGAAUGCAAAGCCGGUUCCCGAAAAAUCACCUUAACCUGUUACAUAUGCGGAAGGGAAUAUGGGACGCAAUCUUUGCCCUUGCACGAACCCAAAUGCCUCGAGAAAUGGGAGAGGGAGAACGCCCUGUUGCCGAAGCAUUUGCAACUGAAACCUCCUAAAAAACCCACUGUAGAUUCCAGAAAUACAGAAGAAUGGAAUUUAGCCGCUUGGGAAGCGGCCCAAAGCAAUUUAGUACCGUGCCCGAACUGCGGAAGGACAUUUUACCCGGACAGGCUGGUCGUGCAUCAGAGAGGCUGCAAAGUCAAACCCAAAAAGCCUUCUGUAGACGAUAUCAUCAAUUAUUCCAUACAAGCAACGGCCGAAAUCCGAGCGGAUCCCGUUUUAAACCAGCCCACAGUCAACGGGCAUUUGCCGUUCCAAACUUGGCAGUGUUACAUCUGCAAGAAGAAAUUCUCCGGCAACACCAUCAGAGAACACGAGAAAACCUGCCUGAAGCAUUGGCAAAUGGAGAACCAAACAGAAGCGGGCCCUUCACUAAAAAAAGAAAAACCCCAACCGAAAAGAAUCGUAUAUUCGGCGGAGAAUAGGGAGCAAAUAAAACCGGAGAGACCGGUCUCCCCCAAGAAACCGCCCCUAUUUCCGUGCUACCUUUGCGGGAAACUGUUCGGCGUGAAUUCCAUCUACAUUCACGAGCCGCAGUGCUUGAAAAAGUGGCACGUCGAGAACGACAAGCUGCCCCCCGGCAAGAGGCGACAGGUGCCCCAAAAGCCCGACAUCAAAUUCACCGCUAGCGGUGAUGUUGAUUUUAAGGGAACGUUUCACAGGAUUUGGGAUAAUCAUUUAGCCGAAUUAAUUCAGUGUCAAAAAUGCCAAAGAAAGUUUUUUCCUAAUCGCAUUGAAGCGCACGUGAAAUCGUGCAAAUGUAUUCCUGUAAAAUUGAGCAAAAGUGCUGUCUGAUAUUUAGAUAAGUUUGUAUUUUAUUUUUUUUUCUAAUAAAUCUAUUGUAA